UUUUGCGCUUCUUCUCCAAAAUUGACCUCUUCGAUACAGUUUAGGGUUUUUCCAAGACUCCUCCAAGAGGCAUCGAUCUCCAAUUGCAGGGGAAGAGCUUAAACCAUGGGGAAGAGGAAGUCAAGGGCAAAGCCUGCUCCAAAGAAGCGAAUGGACAAGCUUGACACAGUAUUCAGCUGUCCCUUCUGCAACCAUGGAACUAGUGUCGAAUGCCGGAUUGAUAUGAAGAACUUGAUCGGUGAAGCUUCGUGUAGAAUCUGCCAAGAAAGCUUUAGCACUACUGUCACAGCUCUGACUGAACCAAUAGACAUAUACAGCGAAUGGAUCGAUGAAUGUGAGAGGGUCAACGCCAUUGAGGACGAAGUCGAGCAAGAAGAAGAAGAAGAGGAAGAGGAAGAGGGAGAUCACGUGUCUGUCAAGAGGAAGUACAGCUAUUAAAAGCCUUGGUUUUAG